CUGCCGGUGACGUUGCUCAGCGGCUUCCUGGGAGCGGGCAAGACCACGCUGCUGAGGCACCUGCUGACAAACAAUGCUGGGAGCAUGCGAUGCGCAGUCAUCGUCAAUGACAUGGCCGAGCUCAAUAUUGAUGCUGCCCUCGUGAAGAACGGACAGCUUGUGCAGGCGAACGAGGAGUUGGUGGAGCUGAGCAACGGGUGCAUAUGCUGCACAAUGCGGGGGGACCUCCUACGGGAAGUCACGCGGCUGGCGCGCGGCGGCGCCUUUGACUACUUACUCAUCGAGUCCACUGGCGUCAGCGAGCCCAUGCAGACGUUCACGCUGGAGGUGGAGGACGGCAGCCUGGCAGAGCUGAAGGACAUUGCGCGCCUGGACACCUGCGUGACCGUCGUGGACGCAGCGCGGCUGAUGACCAAUUUCCUGUCCCUCGAAACGCUCAAGCAGCGCGACCCCGGGGUGGAUGACGAGGACGACCGCAACGUCGCAGACCUCAUGCUGGACCAGAUCGAGUUUGCUGAUGUCAUCCUGCUCAACAAGGCGCGCUCAAGUGUACCCGCAGACGUGAAGCGCUUGACAGCGCUGCUCAGUUGCCUGAACACCGAGGCGGAGGUCGUUGUCACAAGGGAGUCGAGGGUGGAUCCCAAGGCUGUGAUGGGCACUGGACUCUUCAGUCUUGAGAAGGCGGCGCGUGCUGCCGGCUGGCUCAAGACGCUUCAGGAGGGUGAGAACAUGAAGCCGGAGACAGAGGAGUAUGGAAUUGGCAGCUUUGUGUAUCGCGCGCGACGGCCGUUCCACCCGGAGAGGCUGCACGCCUUCAUUGCAUCCCACCUGCUCCUGCAGGAGCCGGACUGUGUUUUUCUUGGUGGGCAGGGGUUUAUUUGGAUAGCGGGGCGGGAGGAUCUGUGUGGCGAGUGGAGUCAGGCGGGCGGCAUUCUGCGGCUGGGAGUGGGAGGCCCCUGGUACGCAGCCCUGCCAGACGAGGCGUGGCCCCAGGAAGAACAGGCUCGCGCAGACAUCAUGAAGGACUUUGAGGAGGGAGUGGGGGACAGGCGGCAAGAGCUGGUGUUCAUCGGCAUCGACAUGCAGCGGGAGGAGCUGUGCGCUACCCUCAACACAUGCCUGCUGACGGACGCCGAG